CUCCGUCCUCCCAGGUCACUCACUUAUUGCUACCUCCGUCCAGCCCGCGCGACCUCUUCCUUCUCGCGACGUCCACCUCCGAACUCCUCCUCUCUUCAUGUUACCUUCCGAAGCUGUAGACGGAGCCCAGCGAUAUGGCGCUGCAAGUCUACAUCGCGCAUACGGGCGCGCGCCUGCAGACCGAGCCUGGCGCCUUCGCAUCGUUGGAUGGGUUCAAGGCGUGGGUCGCGGAUAAGGGGGGCGUGAGUGUGCAGAAUCAGAUAUGCUUGACGGGAAGUGGGAAGUCGGCGAGGACGCAGUCGUUGUUUACUGAGCACGAAAUAUUCGUAUAUAAUCGCCUGAUUCUCAAUGUCUCCUCUUCGAACUCGGCCAUGGAACAGGUCUCGCAGCUACCGAUGCCCGCUACAUACGAAAUCGAAAACCCUCCCGAUACGAUAGCAGACCAAAAUGACCUGGGCGCAUGGAAAGACCUCUUCCACGCGCGGAGAGAAUGGGCAUCCAAGGUCGUCAACGAUAGUGAACGCAUAUCAAGGGAGGCACAGAAGCGGUUUGGUGAGAUAGACGUGAUUGCGCGCUCUGUCUAUGCCGCCGUUGUCAACCUGGGGGGGCAUGUCGCGGGGCUGGAGCAAAAAUUCCCGCAGACACAAAAAUGGGCGCAGGAUAUCGUAGACGAAUACGGCAUUAGGAUUUCAGAGCUAGAGCAGUCGGCGAAGCUCUUGAGGACGUUGCCGGUAACGACGACAAUGUUCCGAUUUAUUAGCGGAAAGAAUCCGAAGGGUGGGAACCAUCAGCCGAGCCUGGCGGACUUGAUCGAUAUAAACGAUAUCCAGCAAGCAGGAGCUGAAGCCAGUGAUGUUAUAGCAGCGUUAAGGACGAACCUGGAUGAUAUGACACGCAACCUUAAGAGGAUUGACUCUGGCAUGGAUAAGAUUACGAAGAAGGAAAAGGACAGCGUUGGGGCAUCUGCCAUGGCGAAAAGCGAGGAGCCAGCGGGUCUCCUGGCGGACAUCAAAGCCAUUUUAAAUAAGAUCGGGAAGGAUUACGAAAAUCUGUUAGCUUACGCCGAUACACCGAAAUCGAUAUCUCAGGCCUCCAAAACUGCCCUGCUCCAUACCAGAAGCUUCUUGCCAAGCCUUUCGAAGAGGUGCAUGGAGAUGAGUGAGGUCCUAGCUGAUGCAACCAACAUGCGCAACAGUGCUGCUGUCGAAGCUGUGGAGACCAUGCAGGGCAUUGCUACUCUUAAUACGUUGUGCACUGAGAUGAACCGGAGGACUGAUGGCCUAGAGAUUUCGGAUGAUGGGCAGAAGUCAUUGGAACUCAUACUACUUGUUGCACGACUUCCUAUUGUCUAUGCUUCAUUCGUGGCCGAAGCUAUCUGCCGCCGCGAAUGGUCUGACAAGAUGAAGAGUGACUCGUCUACCCUUGGAAAUGAAAUGGCCUCGUUUCAGGACGAGGAAGGACGAAGACGCAAGAAGUGGCAGAAGAAUACGGGCUUCUAUUUCUGGGCUGAGAAGCCUGAACGUAAAGUCCUGGGCCUCGAGGUUAAUCUUCUCGGAGAGGAGGAUCAGCUCCCUCUAGUGUCGAGGCAGGACCUCGAGGAUUUGAUUAACAAACUAAAUUCCGCGAAUGUGCAUCCUGAUAUUAUCGCCGAAGUAUCUCAGAUUGUUACAGAUUUGAGCACUCCCACGAAGCAACAGGCUAGACGUGCAAAAGCGUUCAAAAAUGGAAGUUUCCAUGAGGCAUCUAUGGGCCGCAGCACCUUGCUUGUCCGCGGAAACGAUGAUAUCAUCAGAACUUUGCAAAGCGAGAAGGCUAAGACAGAGACUAAGCUUAAAGGUGCGGAAAGCAGAGUGAGGAAGCUCGAAAGCCUGUUGCACCAACAGAGUCAUGCCUCGAGGACAUCUUCCGCAAACAUAUUUCCUCUGCCUUCAGAUGAACAUGAUCCAGGUAACAUGGCUUCAUCUCCUCAGUUCCGUGACGAGAUUUACAGACCUUCGUCUGUCUCGUCGCGGCGCUAUUCGGCGAACAAGACCCAGGAUGACAGGGCUGCUACACAGAGGUAUAUACACCUUGAGGCCGAUCUCAUCGCCGAACGUGAGCGAGCAGCUGGUCUCGAAAAAGAGGCCGCCGCAAAGUCGGCGAUGUUAACACACCUCAGAACUCAGUUUGAGGAAGCUACCUCGACUAAACAUGAUCUUAUGCAGAACCUAGAAGCGCAACUGCGGGAGUUCGGCACCGAGCGGAAAUCCCUGGAGGACGAUAAUAGGCGCCUCAAGAGUCAGCUGGAGGAUUACGAGGACAGCAUAGACCGGUCCCGGGAGAAUGAGAGGCUGACUUUGGAUGAGCAACUGCACACCCUGCGCACCGAGCUUAACAAGGUCCAAGCUGAUGCCGAAGCUGAAUCUCAGAAAGCCCAAGGACAGGUUGACUUUCUUCGGGGCGAUGCCCAGCUUCAAAGAGAGUCAAAUGAUAGUCUGCAGAAGCAACUGAAUAAAGCAAGGGAAGAGAAUAAGGAACUCAAAGAUCGCCUUGAUUCCGCAGAGGAUGGCCGACGAGAAGCGACCGCAUCGCUUCGUGGCGUGCAUUCCGUUCUAUUUCCCGCCUCUGAUGAACAAGCUCAAGCUCAAUCAACAGUGCUAGCCGAAAAUCUUUUGUCCCGUAUUAAAGACCUUAUCACUCACGCAGGUGUGCACGAGAGAGACCUUGCUUUGGCACAUGCCGAUCGAGACGAGGCCCAAGAAAAGUUAUCAGAAGUCAAGAAGGAAUUGGCAGAUAUUAAGGACAAAUUGAGUUCCGAUGAAUCGGAAAGUGUUAGACUACAGGAGGAGAUUGUUGGUGAGAGAGCGAAAUAUGCCGCUCUGGAAUCUAACAUGGCGGAACAUCAACAGGAGCUCACCAGCCUCCGAACCAAGUUCGCUGAGGGUGAGACAGAAGUGCUGCGAAGCAGGAUCAAGGAAGAGGAACAAAAAGUUACCUCAUUAAUAGCGAAGCUAACUAGCUCGAAGACCCAGGUUGGGAGUCUCCAGGAGCAGCUUAAAUCUGUUGAAGGCCGACUUCAAGAAUCUCAAGCUAAGCUCGAGAAGGUCAAUGGCAGGUUCGAAGGGCGCACCAUGCGCACGAAGGAUCUUACUCAGCGCCUCUACGCUCAGAACGACCGUAUAUGGAGACUGCUCGACCGGCUCAGUUAUUCCGUGACAAGAGAAGCUGAUUCUAUGACAAUCACCCGCAUCCCGCGGCAAGAGCGAGCCAACCUCACCGACUCUUCCGACCCUAGCUCAGCCAUGCGACGCAGCAUAUCCGGCCAAGCGAAGAAACCUAUGAUAGACAGCGGUGAUCUUGAGCUCCUCUACUGGAUGAAUAACGAUGACUCUGAGGUCGAGGGUGAAAAAUACGAAGCCUACCUUUCCGCCAUGGGUAGCCUCGAUAUCGAAGUCUUCUGCGACACCAUCCUGAAGCGCAUCAAAGAAACCGAGCAUCAAGCUCGCAAAGCUACACGUGAUGCGCGAACCUACCGCGACAAGUCGCACGCCGCGCAGAAGGAGGCCCACGAGAAGAUCGCCUAUCGGCAUUUUAAAGACGGCGACCUCGCCCUCUUCUUGCCCACGCGCAACCAGGCUAAUGGCGCAUGGGCCGCCUUCAAUGUCGGCGCCCCGCACUACUUCCUGCGCGAGCAGGACACGCAUAAGCUGCGCUCGCGCGACUGGCUGCUCGCCCGUAUCCAACGCGUCGAGAGCCGUGUGGUGGAUCUUUCAAAGUCGAUGACUGGGCAGCUGUCGACGGCUGGCGAUAACGGGUCUUUCGGCGAUGUGAGCGUAGACGAUAGUUUCGAAGAUGACAAUCCAUUUGACCUAUCCGACGGGCUGCGAUGGUACCUAAUUGACGCCGUGGAGGAGAAGCCAGGCGCGCCGCCCCUGACGCUAAGUCUCGGGAAGAGCACCGUCGCUGCAGCGAAUGUGGAUGCGACGGGGAGUAUCCGGCACUCGAAGAAGAUUUCAGGGAGCGCGGUAGACAACAUCAGCAAGACGCUCAGCCGCAGCCUCGACAGCCGCCGUAGCAGCAAUAACUCCCGCAAAGCAGCACCCUUCGCGUCUACGCCCGUUAAGCAGCCCGACAGCGCCGCCGCCGUCGAAGGCGAAGACUCCCUGCACCCCUCGUCAGCGACGGAAAUAACCCCCAGGCCGAACCACCCGCCGCAGUUGCAGGCAGGCGGCUCGAGCGGGCUAGAGGUGCGCGACUCUGAUACUACUCCGGCGGUCUUGGACCGUCCCCUUGGGCCGUGAAGCUGACGGUACGUGUUGUGUAUUAGGCGACCACAAGCACAGGGACCAGCCCUGGGAAGAAAAGCGUGAUUUGGGAUAGUCUCUGGAGUUUGGAUGUUAGCAUUGAUCGGGGACGGAAGUAAGCAGGUUGCGGAAACGUCUGGAGUUGUCUGGGGGUGUUUGGGGGACUUUUUUGUGGCACAUAGGUUCCGUAGAUGGUAUUUGGGGGUGGUGCAUAACAUAUCUACUAGCACAUAAAGCGUUAUCAUACAAUGAUUUUAUUUUUCAUUA